AUGGCCAAGAUCUACUCGUUUCUUUCCAUCGCCUUUUUUGUUUCACUAGUCUUGGCUAGCCCAGUAUCUCAACGAAAGAAGCGAUCUUUCAAGGUUCCCACCAUACCGAACCCGCAUUAUGUACCUCACGGACCACGGGCUUACAAACGCGCUCUCAACAAGUUCGGCUUCAACGACAUCACCUUCAAGCCCGAAGGAGAAAUUGCCACCCGGCUCAAAGCAGCCUCCAACGGCAGCGCGGUCGUUGGCCAGGGCACUCAGGAUGGAUCGACGCCCACAGCACCGACGCAGAAUGAUGCGCAAUUCCUCUCGCCCGUCACCAUCGGAGGCCAGCAAUUCAUCAUGAACUUUGACUCCGGCAGCUCAGACACAUGGGUCUUCAACACCAACUUGCCGGCCGCUGCACAGCAAGGUCAUACCCUCUACGAUCCCACCAAGUCUACUACUUUUCAGAAUUCUCUCGCCCAGUCCGACUUCAACAUCAGCUACGGUGACGGGUCUUCCUGCUCCGGGCCAGUUGGGAUUGACACCAUUGAUAUCGGCGGAUCAACUGUAGCCCAGCAAGCCAUCGGUUUACCUGACACGGUCUCCCAGUCUUUCAUUAUCGACGGCCAGUCCGAUGGCCUGGUUGGCCUGGCCUUCUCCAAGCUCAACACUAUCCAGCCUCAACCACAAAAGACAUUCUUCGACAACAUCCUGCCCGAUCUGUCCCAGCCUGUCUUCACAGCUCAACUCCUUGGUGGAAAAGUUGGUGCUUAUGAGUUUGGACGCAUUGAUACUUCCGCGUUCAAGGGCGAGCUAGCACGUAUCCCCGUGGAUUCAAGCAAUGGAUUCUGGCAAGUGAAGUCCGAUUUGGCAGCCGUCAAUGGUCAGGAUAUCCCGUUACAGGGUGGCGCUGCCAUUAUCGACACGGGCACUUCACUGAUGCUGGUACAAGACGCGAUGGUGACUGGCUACUACACUCAGGUGCAGGGCGCGAAAGUGAAUGCCCAAGCUGGAGGCGUCAUCUUUCCCUGCAACGCAGAUCUUCCUGAUCUUGAUGUGAGAGUCGGAGACUCCUAUGUCGCCACGAUCCCUGGCAACAGCAUCAAUUUCGCCGAGGUCGGCACCGAUACGGAAACCGGAGAGAGUUUCUGUUUUGGAGGUAUUCAGUCGAAUCAGGGUAUUCCUUUUGCGAUCUACGGAGACGUCUUCUUCAAAUCGCAAUUCGUUGCAUUCGAAGGCGGCAACUCGCCGUCCAUCGGUGUUGCUCCUCACGUCUGA